UUUACGGCCAGCGCUUCCUCCCCUCCCCCAAGAGCUCAGCUUCCCAAGUUCCUAUUGCCCCAGCUGCUGCAGACUAGAGAGGCAGAUUAGAAGUUGGCUAUGGCUGUUCUGUUCCUGUGGAAGGCAGCUGCGUUUGUACAGAAGCACAGGACUGGCUUGUUGGCAGUUUCCUGCGCAGGACUGUUUGGGGCUAACCUUUCCUAUCAUGUCUGUCCUGAGCAGACGUUCAAACUGUGGUAUCAGUGCUGGACUCGGGGGCAACCGGCUGAGCUCUCAGAGAAGCUACGCAGCCUCUUCAGUGACGUCCUCCAAGAUGUUGGCGUGAAGUCUACGAAUUGUUACCAACCCUUUGCAGCUUUUGGCUUCCAUCCAGUGAGCGCUGGGAUCCCAUGGCUGCCUGCAGGCUCUCUGGUGGGCCUCCCUGCCAAUUUCAAUAGCACAGCUGAGGACAAACAAGGAAUUGUCAACCGUGUCAUCAUGAUAAAUGGCAAAGAAGUGGAUUGGGAGAGUAAAGAAGGGCUAACUUUGAAGGAAGCCCUGAUAUUUUCACCAGAGGCUCAGAAGUUUGCCAUUGCCAGAGAGAUUGUGUAUUUGCAAAGCAAUAGCCCUGUAGUUUAUGCAGCUGUGCUGCCUGUUUGCCUGGCUGGCACAUGUCUCUCUGGAGUGGCUAUAAAGCAACUUCUGGGCUUGUAUUCUGGCCCCAUGGUGUUUCGAUGCAUUUAUAACAUCACCCUGGCAGCCGUCGGCCUUAUUGGCUACUUUCUUGCUUACGAUGCCGUGAGCCAGGCACUUGACUACAGGUCGGACAGGCAGGUGGCCAUAAUUUCCAAAGAUUACGCCAAAGGAGGGGUGGAAUUCUACAACAAAGUCCUGUCCCGCAACAGGACUCUCCGUACUCUUUUGGGCAAACAAGGAGAGAAAAUGUAUGCCCCUAGUGGUAAUCUUUUCCCUAGGUAUGGGUUCCGAUUAAAACACGCUCCAUACACCUCCAGGAGAGACUUGAUCAUUAAUAUUUUAAGAGUGCCCCAAGCAUAGGAAGUGAGUGAUUUAGAUUUAAAAUUUGUAAAUUAUGUAUUCACUUGGAACGCCACUAAGAUGCCUCUCUCCCCACGCCCUCGCAACUUCGUGCGUGCUCUAUUUUUUAUUUUGGCAUAUAGUCUUGAAGUAGUGUUUAAUUUUUCAUUCACUAGAUGCGUCUCUUAAAAAAUUAAAGACCUAUUUCAAGCGUUCUCUGUCCUACAUGCAUCUUAAACCCCGAAGCCCACGGAGGGAGUGUUACUUCUUAGACACUGCUCUGGAAAUGCUGGCUCUUUACUGGCCUAUAGUUUUGAAAUAAUUUCUAAAGAAUGGAAAAGUUGAAGUAUGAUGCAGAGAAUGUUUGUGGAAUUGAUUUAAAGAUGGGUAACCUCAAAUAUGUAAUUGAACAGUUGUGUAACUGCAUAAAGUUUUAUGGGGUGCCAGAUGGGAGCCAGUCUGUGAGGGGAAACCGGUUUAAAACC